AUGUGGGCCCCAGCCCCUGAGGCCUGGCUGGCAAAUGAAGCCUUUCCUGCGGCUGUAGGAGCGCUGUGGGCAGCCAUGGCCCUGGAGGGGCGCUGUCUCCGGCGGGGUUCCCCAGCCAUAAUCAGAAAGGGCCGUCAGCGGCGUCCUAUAAAGCCAACUCUGGCUCAGGUCACUUCUACUCUGCUAUCAAGGACACGCCUGCACGGCCUGAGGCAUGUUUGCGUCCCUGGUGGCUCUAUGGGCCGUAGGGCCUUCUGGCUGCUGGCCCUUUGCACCUCCCUAGGGCUGCUUUUAUCCUGGUCCUCAAACCGCUUUCUCCACUGGCUUUCCUUCCCAACACACACCCGCGUCCACACUGAGUGGGCCAAAGAACUGGCUUUCCCUGUAGUCACAAUCUGCAACAACAACCCAAUCCGCCUCUACAAACUCACCAAGAGCGACCUGUAUUUCGCUGGCCACUGGCUGGGCCUGCUGCUGGCUAACCGGACAGUGAGGCCCAUGGUUCUGGACUUGCUUCAGGAGGACCGUCGAGCCUGGUUCAGGAAGCUGUCGGACUUCAGGCUGUUUCUGCCCCCCAGAAACUUUGAGGGAACCAACCUGGAGUUUAUGGACAGGCUGAGCCACCAACUGGAUGACAUGCUCCUCUCAUGCAAAUACAGAGGAGAACCCUGCGGCGCCCACAACUUCUCUUCUGUGUUCACCAGGUAUGGGAAGUGCUACAUGUUUAACGCUGCAGAGGAGGGGAAGACACUCCGCACCACCAUGAAGGGAGGGACAGGAAACGGCCUGGAGAUCAUGCUUGACAUCCAGCAGGACGAGUACCUGCCAGUUUGGGGGGACACAGAGGAUACAGCCUUCGAGGCAGGUGUGCGGGUGCAGAUCCACAGCCAGGUGGAGCCCCCCUUUGUUCACGAGCUGGGCUUCGGCGUGGCCCCUGGCUUCCAGACUUUUGUAGCCACACAGGAGCAAAGGCUGACCUACCUGCCUCCCCCGUGGGGAGAGUGCGAGUCGAAGGCUCUGGAGUCUGGCUUUUUCGAGGUGUACAGUGUAACGGCUUGUAGGAUCGACUGUGAAACGCGUUACAUUGUGGAGAACUGCAACUGCAGGAUGGUGCACAUGCCAGGUGAUGCAUCGUACUGCACGCCUGAGCAGUACAAAGACUGCGCUGAGCCUGCCCUUGCUAAACUGUCAGCUUUGGAGAGCAGCAACUGCAUGUGCAGGACACCGUGCAACAUGACCCGCUACAACAAAGAGCUGUCCAUGGUCAAAAUCCCCAGCAAGACGUCAGCCCGUUACCUGCAGAAGAAGUUCAACAAGUCAGAGAAGUACAUCACAGACAACAUCCUCGUGUUGGACGUGUUCUUUGAAGCUCUGAACUAUGAGACCAUUGAGCAGAAGAAAGCCUACGAGGUGGCAGGCUUGUUGGGUGACAUUGGUGGUCAGAUGGGUCUGUUCAUUGGAGCCAGCAUCCUCACCAUCCUAGAGCUGUUUGACUAUGCUUACGAGGUACUGAAAGACAGACUACUGGAUCUACUGAGCAGAGAGGAGGAGGAGGAGAGUCAUGGAGAGGAUGUGAGUUCCUGCGACCCGGUGGCAAACCACUCUGAGUCCAUCAGCCACACUGUGACAGUACCCCUGCAGACUACGCUGGGCACCUUGGAGGAGAUUGCCUGCUGA